AGCCCGGUCCGUAUUUAAUUGUAUUUUUAUUUCUUGGUCUGGAAAACAAUAACUACAGUAUGAAGAUUGCAAUAUUCACACUAUUUACAGUACUGGUAUCUGGUGUUUUUGGAAUAAGCGAUUUCUACGAUAAUUUUAGUGACAAUUUGGGAGAUGUCCGUGACUUCUAUGGAGAUAUCUAUGAUAACGAUAACUAUGGUAUCUAUGGAAUGACCCCUUUCUAUGGGCGUGGCUAUGGAAUGUAUGGGCGUGGCUAUGGAAUGUAUGGGCGUGGCUAUGGAAUGUAUGGGCGUGGCUAUGGAAUGUAUGGGCGUGGCUAUGGAAUGUACGGGCGUGGCUAUGGCAUGAAUGGGCGUGGCUACAUGGGUGGCUUACCAUGGCUAUCCUAGAAUGACCAGAUACCGGCCAUGGAGGAGUUCCUGGUCCAUGCCAAACAUGUAUAUGGGAUACUAGAGGAGAGGAAUACACAAACCACGUGACAUUGUCAUUUUUCAUUAAUUACAGAUUUCGGAAAAAAAAUCUAUAUUUGAAAACGAUAAAACGAGAGCAUUUUAGGUGAUGAACAUAAAAGUGAAACAUUUUCCUCUGGAUGCUUUAAACGAUGUAUGUUCCAGAGCGGUGGGAGUUAACUCCCCUUGUUCAUAAAAAAGUGAUGUUCAAGGUUCCAAGAAAGAGAAACUAAUGGGAUCCACACUUUUCAUCAGAAAUUAAUAAAUAUCGGCGUUAAAGGGGAAAACUGUGAUUUAUUUUUCAAUUUACAAUUAACAAUAUAUAUACAACAUAUAAAUGAUAGAAAAAGAUAUCAGAAACAAGUGUCAAGAUACCUAUGUAUACUAAUAUUAUUAUAUCCAAUCCGAAUGAUCUGUCUGUGUUUCAUCUCUUCAACUCAGUCAACACUUGGUACAUAAAGUUUUACUGUAAAUAUAUCUGUACUGCUUUA